UUGUCCAAGCAAGGAUGCGUCUCAUGCAAGAAGCCUCUCUUUAAGGUUAUUCUUCGACUAAACAUCAAACUAACACUUCACUCUCAAUUCUGCACCUCCUCUUUCACCACCACCAGGAUGCAAGCCUCUCAACCUCCUUCUCCACCCCAUUUAAGGUACUCGAGAGAUGACGACAUGCCGGAAACAUUCAAGGACUUACUCUCCUCUCUCCCUUCAGAAGAAUACUGGGUCACCAACUCUCUCAGCUUGUACCAGGGCUUCUGGUUCCCCCCUUGGAUCUUGAAUUGCGUGCUCACCUGCCAAAACCACUUCCAAGCUCAACCCUCUGACGUCCUCCUCGUCACCAGUCCGAAAUCCGGCACCACCUGGCUAAAGGCCAUCCUUUUCGCUCUUUUGAACCGUGCCAAGUACUCCGACUCCGACUCACAACGACGCCACCCUCUCCUAACCCAAAACCCCCAUGAUCUCGUGCCCACCUUCGAGCUCAAGCUCUAUCUCGAGCAAGAAAGUCCCGAUCUCGCUGCUUUACCGUCUCCGAGGCUCUUCGCCACCCACAUGCCUUAUUCCUCGCUUCCACAGUCGGUGAGGGACUCCAACUGCAAGCUGGUUUACCUGUGUAGGAACCCCAAGGAUACCUUCGUCUCAAUGUGGCACUUCUUCAACAAGAUGAGGCCGGAAGAGAAGGGCCAGAUUCCGAUCCAGGAGUGCCUCGACAAGUUUUGUCGAGGGGUGAGCUCUUUCGGGCCUUACUGGGACCAUGUGCUGGGUUACUACAAGGCGAGCUCGGAGAUGCCCGAGAAGGUGCUGUUCGUGAUGUACGAACAGAUGAAAGUGGACCCGCAUGCUCAUGUGAGGAGGUUGGCCGACUUCUUGGGGUGUCCACUCAGCGAAGAAGAACUGAGAGACGGGACGGUGGAGGGAAUACUGAGGAUGUGUAGCUUCGACAAUUUGAGCGCACUGGAGGUGAAUAAGCGCGGGAAGCUGUCCACUGGACAAGAGAGCAAGUGGUACUUCAGGAGAGGUGAGGUUGGAGAUUGGGUGAAUUACAUGAGUGCUGAGAUGGGGGAGAGAAUUGACCGUGUCAUGGCAGAGAAGUUGGAUGGUUCUGGUUUGAAGCUUUGAAAAAGCAUCUGUGGGCCAUUGAUGAAGCUUCGCCUCCAUAGAGAGAUGCUUCAAGGUUGUGAUUCUAAGUGUUCAUUUAUUUGGCCAAGACGUAGUUGACUAAUAAAACGCUGCCUU